AUACAUUAUAGUUCAAUUCAUUCGCUGUGGUCGCUGUCGUUUAUCGAGCGGGUUUAUUCGUUCGUUUUGUUGGGCACGUAAAAUAAUAUUUUUAUACGAAUAGAUGGUGAAAUAGAAUAAAAUAUUCGUUGUUAUGACAUAAAACCUAUAAGUUCUACACUAGUUUUAGUAGUACAAAGAGGAUCGUCGAUGUUAUCGUCGGUAAAUCGGAAAUUCGGCUACCUUUGUGUUCGGAUCUCGGCGAGUGUUUAUUUAUGUUUCGUGCGCGAGCUUCGAGUGGUAGUUUCGUAAAGUGUACGGGCGCCAGGGCAGCGAGUCGUCGGGGCAUGCGGGCAGCGCUGUGAGGAGCUCAGCAUGUGGCGGGUGGUGGUGUGGUGCGCGCUGCUGGGCGGCGCCCACGGCCAGCUGUGGCUGUCCAACAUGACGGACAACCUGCGGUCGGGCAUGGCGGCGGUGAUGGAGGCGGCGGCGGUCAACUACUCGGAGCCGGUGCUGGUGGCGCGGUACGUGUCGCGGCUGGACUUCGACAUGCGCGCGAUGGGCCACCUGUACAACUCCUCGCACCUAGUCAUCGACCUCAUCGCGCGGAAGGACGCCUACCCUGAAGGUGUGGUGUCGGUGUCGGACGGGCACGUGGAGUUCUCCCGCGAUCAGUGGCGCGCGCUGCUGGCGCACUACGCGGGCCCGGCCGCCGUGGUCGCCGCCGCGCUGCUGCUGGCCGCGCUCAUGCCGCUGGCCGGCUUGCUGUGGUGCUGCUGCCAGUGGUGUCGCAGCUCGCGCCGCCGCCGCCCCUUCGACCGUAAGUACGACGGCUGCCUCAAGGCCGUGCUCGCCAUCCUGCUCAUCGGCCUGCUGACGCUGCUGCUGUUCGGCGUCGUGUGCGCCUUCGUGACGGACGCGCAGCUGGAGGCGAGCGCCGCGACGGCGCCGGACGCGGCCGCGGCGGGGCUGCGCGACGCGCGCACCUUCCUCAACGCGAGCGCGGCGCACGCGCGCCACCUGCUCGUGGACAACUACGGCGAGCUGCGGGCGGCGCUGGCGGCGCUGCUGGACAGCGGCGGGCGCACGGUGCUGCGCCAGCUGGACGAGUGGACGUCGGCGACGUCGGUGCGCCACCUCAGCCGCAUGGUGGAGCAGCUGGCGCGCGUGCCGGGUGACCUGCGCACCGUGCACAACCAUACGGUGGUGCUGCGCGCGCGCGCCGAGCGCCUCAACGCCGGCCUGCGCCGCGUCAAGUCGCAGCUGCUGCGCACGCUGGCUGACUGCCGCGAGCCGCAGUGCGUGCAGCUGCAGGACAAGUACAAGAUCGGCCAGCUUGACACCGACAUACAGUACAACAAGGAUCUGGACAAGUACUUUCCAACUAUCCCGGACGUGUCGGCGCUGCUGCACAACGUUUCGGUGCUGGUGGAGGGCACGAUGCGCGAGGACGUGCGCGGCGGACUCAGCGUGUUCGACGGCAUCAAGCGCACCGUCGACCAGCACAUCCCGCGCGUCCACACCGCCAUCGCCGACACCGGUGACCGCCUGCGCGACGUCGCCGACCAGAUCGCGUGGGCGGCGGGCAACCAGAGCGCGAAGCUGGCGGACUACGAGCGCGGCACCGACGAGCUGCGCGGCUGGCUGGGGCGGUACGGGGGGUACCGGCGCUGGGCGACGCGCGCCGCCGCCGCCGCGCUGCUGGCCGUGGUCGCGCUGCUGGCGCUCGGCCUGCUGUGCGGCGUUUGCGGCAAGCGGCCCGACGCGUACGGCGCCGCCGACUGCUGCAACAAGGGCACCGGCGCCACCUGCCUGCUCUGCGGCGUCGCGCUCACGUUCGCAGUGGCGGCGGGCGUGGCGCUCGCGCUGCUGGCGUACUUCGCGGUGGGCGUGGCCUCGCAGCGGCUCGUGUGCGACCCGCUGGCGGAGCCGCGCGGCAACCGCGUGUGGGCCGACGUGGAGCGGUUCGUGCAGCUCGAGCGCGCCAUGUACGGCGAGAGCGUGGAGCCCGACUUCAACCUGACGUCGGUGCUGGUGGAGUGCCACGCGAACCGCACGCUGUACCGCGCGCUGCACCUGCGCCGCCGCUUCGACCUGGACGAGCUGCAGGAGCGCGCGCGCGCCGCGCUGGCCGAGCAGGUGGCGGCGCUGCGCACCGACUACCCACCGCGCGGCCGCCCACUGCGCAUCCUGCCGCCCGCCGCGCGCGACAAGCUCAUCCGCCUCGGUGACACCGGCCUCUCCGAGUUCGACUUCGACCGCAUCCUACACGCGCUGGAGACGAACAUGACGUCGCUGUCGCUGGACGGUCUGGCGGGGCAGCUGCGCAGCACGGCGGGCGCGCUCGCCGGCCGGCCGGGCUUCGCGGACGUGGCGCGGGAGCUGCGCGCCGCCGCCGACGACCUGCAGCGCUUGCACGCCGAUGUCGUCCAGCCCAUGCUGCGGCAGGUCGCCGACCUCGACACGAUCGCGACGGAGCUGCGUGACGUGCUGCGAUUCAACCAGUCGUCGCUGAAGGAGGCGAUCCAGUACCGGCUGCGCGACGCCAGCGAGGUCGAGCUGUUCCUCAACACGCAGGGACCAGACCUCGUGCAGAACCUGACGCGCGAGUUCGCGGAGGCGGUGGGCGCGCGGCUGCAGGCGUACCUGGCGCGCGUCGCGCACGCCGCCGAGCACGACGUCGCGCGCUGCGGCCCGCUCUCGCACGCCUUCAACACCACGCGCGACCACGCCUGCAAGGCCACGCUGCUGCCCAUUAAUGGUUUCUGGAUGUCUGUGGCGUGGUGCGUGGUGCUGUGGGUGCCGCUGAUGGUGCUGGCGCCGCGACUCGCGCGCCUUUACCGUCACGCCGACCCCUACCCCGGCCCGCUCGUCGAGGCCGAGUAUUUGUAUGACGCGUACGCGGACCGCGAUAACGUACCCCUCGCCAACGCGUACAAGGCGGAGAAGCGGGCGGGGCGGAGCGGGGGCGGCGGCGGGGGCGGUGCGGGGGAGGGUGUUGCGGGCCCCGCCCCCCGCGCUGCGCUGGCGCCGCCUGUCGACGCACACCACGCGCGCAGAUAUAACGAUAUGGCACCCAAGCACUGGGAAGAAGGGCCUCCCCGCUACCACGGACCCACCGAGUAUGAGCGACCUCCGCCAUACUACUAUCCCGGACCACAUGAUAGAGAGUAAACUUGCGCUCGCAGAGCUGGACGACGACCUGCUCAAGUACUGAGGCGGCCGCGCCCAACCGCACCGUAUUCGACCGUACCGUACCAACCGCACCGUACCAACCGUACCGUAGCCACGAGAUAACGCCAUCCGACUGUCCUCUAGAGUAUUUUUUCAUUGUAACAAUUACUAUCUUAGAGGGCCUAUUUUGUAUAUUAAAUAAAAAACCGAUCAUAUACAAUCGAGGUAAAGAUGAGGGUGCUUCGAGGGGCUACAGUCAAAACGGUGGGACGUGUCACGUGAUACGAAACAUAUUUUUUUUGUUAAACGAUGUUUUGGGCCUCGUCCCACCGAUUUCCCGAGUAAGCGACUGAUUACAUCGUUGGGUGCUCCGUGUGUGUAUGGUCGGUAAAGAAAAGUGUAGAGUAGUCUGUAUAGACUAUAGAGAUUAGCGACACGCAGAAAACAGCCGUGCUCACCUCGGCCACUGCCAUACUCUAUGAGGAUACUGUACGGCCGAGGCCCCACUAUCGCGUCUCGAUCAGAAGGAGCAGGCGAUAUAGUGGCGUCUCGGUCGUCCGCGGCUCGAGCUCGACCCGCGUCGGCCCCGCUCGUGCCGCGAGGCGGUCCGCCGCACAAAAGAUUAUCCGAGAGAUUCUAGUGUAGUUAUAUAAAUAAUAUUAUACCGUUAGCUAAGUGUUUAUGAGACUCGAGGUGCGGGGCGGCGACGGACGCCGAGUUUUAAUUUUAUUUAGUCAAUAUUUUGUGCUUCCUGAGUUCCGCGGCCCGCCCCGCCCAGCCCCGCCCCGCGGGGGUCCAGGAGCUCCGCUACUACGCCAGCAUACCGGCCGAUACGACUCGACGUCAUUCACACGACAACCGGCGUCUCCUAUCGGCCGCUAACACUCGUGUAGUUUAGGAGCGAGAGGUGUCGGUCACCCGAAGGUAAUUCGUUUCGCUCCGCCCGAGGCGUGUCGCAUACUUUAACUCGAGACGAAAGUACAACGAGCUAGACUCGAGUACAUAAUUCUAAGCGUCGGUAUUUCGAUAAAAUUUUGCCUUCGGUGGAAAGAGAAAUAUUUUGUGAGACUUCGUUUAUUACUAUCUCAAAAGAGAAAAAACGAUUAGUGACGUAGGCGCUAGAGCGACGUUGACGAAGCCCGCGCGCUCGGGCGGAGCGAGGCGACCGGCUGUCGGACAUCACUUCAGUGAAAUUUUAAUGCAUUUAAUUCUAGUAUUAUAAUUAAAAUCUACUCAAUGUAAACGUAAUUUAGGGUAACGUUAGGCGGGGCCGGGCGCGGCGGCGGUCGGGCGGCCGUCUCGCCGAGCGCCGUGCCCGGCGGUAGCGAGGUAGGAGUAUACGGUGUCGUGUACUAUAGAGUUAAGUCGCCCCGACUCGGGGCCUGCUGAUGUCGAACUGCCUUAUAUUAUUUUAUACUCGUUUUCUCUUGCGGUUUAUAUUCUUUUACAAUUUAUAUCGUGUAGGGAAAUUUUUCGCCCCCGUGCUGAUUACGCCGCGCCGACGCCGCGCCGACGCCGCGCCGGUCGGCGCCGAUCUCCGUGCAUAUAAUAUUAUUGCAGUUUAGGUUUAAUUUAAGAUUUUUAAAUUGUUGACUGUUGAAGCGUGAAUAUCGUAACGCGAAUUAUCGUAAUGCCAAAUAUCGUGUUUAGCCUCGAAGGCGUCCUCCGGUUGAAAUUUCCCGUGGGAAAUGACUAAUGAGGGUAAACUGUCGCUCUGUCGAAUUUAUCGGCCGCGCGCCGCGAGGGCGACUAGGCCUCUCGCUGGCGACACGUCCUCCUCUUUUAUGGAUUAUUGGAACGAGUUCCGUCUGCUCACUUUUAGUAGUACGUUUAUAUUAUAUUUAGCGAAAUCGAGGAGUGUCGCGCGACUGUCGCGAUUCUUGUCACGAGUGAUGUCAAUAUUAUAUUUAGGGGAAAUGUGAGGGUGAUUUCAUCAUAAAAGUGAAAGAGACGCCGAGUGGUUUUCGGCCUAGAAUUUUACAGACGUAGGAGGGGUAAAUAUUUUGCUGCAAAACCACUCGUCGCCGCUUUUGAGGGUAGAGGAAUGAAGUGGGAGCGACAUCUAGUGUCGAGCGGACGCGCCGUGCGCCGCAGGGCGGACGGACGUCUGACGGCUGUGCUAUUGCAGAUCUGGCGUGUGUCAAUGUAAAAUAAAUAUUCAAUUAUCCCA